GGCGUGGUUGGCUGUGAUCUGUCAGUGUCGCUGUGGUUGAGAGUACGGGUUCCGCCUCCAUCCCCUGGCACCUCAUACCGCUACCGCCGCUGCCACCGCUCCUCCUCACAGGGGCUGGCAGACAAAGCCCAGGGAUACGGGCCGCUGCAGACAGUCGCCAUUGUGAUCCGGUGAUGGCAGGUAUCGCUGAAGACCGUCCCUUCAAGUUGUGUCAGUCCGGAUGCUCAGGGGGGCCAAGUCAUUUCUCUGACCCCUGAGGUCACACAUCUCCUUAACACAGGAAGACUGCAUUGUCCCGAACUCCCCUCAAGCCAGGCGUAGCCAAGGCUAGACAGAAGUGGGCACUGCUCCAGCGAUGGGCAUUGGUCGGAAUCCCUCAUCUAAGGCAAUGGAAUCCACAAACUCAAACGAUGGGAAGUACGAGGAGGAGGCAAAACACACAGCCUUUUUCACUCUCCCGGUGGUGAUAAAUGGAGGAGCCACACCCAGCGUGGAUCAAGAUACAGAAGAUACAGAACUAAUGGCGAUUUAUACCACUGAAAGUGUGAUCGCGGAGAAGAGCUCUUUGGCAGAGUCCCUGGAUAGUACUGGAAGCUUAGACCGUCAGCGGAUGGACAUGAUCUACACGGUGGAGGAUGUUCCUCCCUGGUACCUGUGCAUCUUCCUAGGCUUGCAGCACUACCUGACCUGUUUCAGUGGGACAGUAGCCGUGCCGUUCCUGCUUGUAGAAGCCAUGUGCGUUGGCUUUGACCAAUGGGCCACCAGUCAACUGAUCGGGACCAUUUUCUUUUGUGUCGGAAUCACUACUUUACUUCAGACAACUUUUGGGUGCAGGUUACCCUUGUUCCAGGCAAGUGCAUUUGCUUUCCUUGCUCCAGCCCGUGCCAUCCUAUCCCUUGAGAAGUGGAAAUGUAAUACUACAGAUAUAUCUUUUUCUAAUGGAACUGAGCUGCUUCACACAGAACACAUAUGGUACCCAAGGAUACGUGAGAUACAAGGAGCUAUUAUCAUGUCCUCACUUAUAGAAGUGGUCAUCGGCUUCCUUGGUCUUCCUGGAGCCCUGCUGAGAUACAUAGGACCGCUGACCAUAACUCCCACUGUGUCUCUUAUUGGUCUAUCUGGGUUCCAGGCUGCCGGGGAGAGAGCCGGCAAACACUGGGGUAUUGCUAUGCUCACCAUUUUCUUGGUCCUUCUCUUCUCUCAAUACGCCAGAAAUGUCAAGUUGCCUCUUCCCAUAUACAAAUCUAAGAAGGGAUGGACGGCCUACAAGUUCCAACUAUUUAAAAUGUUUCCCAUCAUCAUGGCCAUCCUUGUUUCCUGGCUGCUCUGCUUCAUCUUUACAGUGACUGAUGUUUUCCCACGAGAUACUAGCAAGUAUGGGUAUUAUGCCCGCACUGAUGCCAGGCAAGGGGUUUUGGCAGUUGCCCCUUGGUUUAAAGUUCCCUACCCAUUUCAAUGGGGUCUCCCUACAGUGUCUGCUGCUGGGGUCAUUGGAAUGCUGAGUGCUGUAGUAGCAAGUAUUAUUGAGUCUAUUGGCGACUACUAUGCCUGUGCCCGGCUGUCGUGUGCUCCGCCUCCUCCAAUACAUGCCAUUAAUAGGGGGAUUUUCAUAGAAGGCCUCUCUUGUGUGCUGGAUGGGAUGUUCGGUACGGGAAAUGGAUCGACGUCGUCCAGUCCUAACAUUGGUGUUCUGGGAAUAACCAAGGUUGCCAGUCGCAGAGUUAUUCAGUAUGGUGCUGCCUUCAUGCUGCUGCUGGGCAUGAUCGGGAAAUUUAGUGCCCUCUUUGCCUCUCUGCCUGAUCCAGUCCUUGGCGCUCUGUUCUGUACACUAUUUGGUAUGAUCACGGCGGUCGGACUCUCCAAUCUUCAGUUUGUGGAUUUAAACUCGUCCAGAAAUCUUUUUGUUUUAGGUUUCUCUAUUUUCUUUGGGCUUAUGCUUCCCAGUUACCUAAAGCAGAAUCCACUGGUAACGGGUAUUGCGGAGAUUGAUCAAGUAUUAAAUGUGCUGCUUACAACAGCCAUGUUUGUGGGGGGCUGCGUGGCUUUCAUUCUGGAUAACACUAUUCCUGGCACACCUGAAGAAAGGGGAAUCCGGAAAUGGAAGCGAGGGUUGGGAAAAAGCGGUUCUGCUGGUGAAGGCAAGGAUUCUUAUGACCUGCCAUUCAUUAUGGACUUCCUCCGGAAGUACAAAUUCUUCAGUUACCUUCCUAUCAGUCCCACGUUUGCAGGAUACCAGUGGAAGGCUCUCAAGAAGAACAGCAAGUGUCGGAGAGCGGAGGAGGAAUCCAAGCCCACUGUAUAACCCCGGCCUCCGGAUCGAGUUUUGUCCUACAGUAAUACGUCUCUUCAAUCUCUUGCCAGAUUUACCAGGCCUUGAACCAGUUUUGUGUAUUAUACUCUGUAUAUUGACAUAGAAAAAUUCCAGAGCUGAGACUUGGGGGUAUAUUGUAGCUUAAGCCUUUGACCUCCAGGUUGAUUUUGUGCCUCUUUUUGCUGUAUUUUUAUCUAAUUCCUCUUUCCUGCUUUUAUAACCCCUCCCUCCCUUUGGUACUCUUAAAAGCAAUAUGUCCUGCCUGACCUAGUCACCCCUCACCCCACUUAUCCCUUUCUCUGUGCAUGGCCGACUUUCUGGUAUAUCAGUGGUUAAAUUGACACUGGCUGUUAAACGGGUACCAUGCCAGCUAUAGGCACGUUUCGGUUGUGGCCCCUUCUGUCUCAGCUUUGAAAUAUUUCAAUGAUCUUGGUCCCUAGUUUCUGCCAGUCCCCUCGAAGCCCAAGGUGCAAUGUUGAACAUAAGGAUUGUCCUUCCUAUCAUCCCAUCUUUCUAGCAGAAGACUAAAGCAGAGGGGGCUGGUCUGAUUAUUCCUUUCCAUGUAGGCCAGUAUGCCCACUAGGUGGUGCUUACUUCUGACCAUCAGCCAUGCAGAUGGAGAUGACUUUGAAGUAUAUGUACAUUUAUUUAUGUUGUCAUUUGCACAGCCAUCUUACUUUGCAUAUCGAUUAUUUGGUUUACUGGUGCAGAAAAUUUCUUUGCAAAUACUUAUAUUUAUUUUAAAUUUUUUUUUUAUUAUUAUUGGUAUUUAUUGGAUUCCAUUUGCCUUAAUGAUAUUUCAAUGAUUUCAUGGAUUUUUCAGGAUUUUUAAGUUCCAAAAUUUGCGAAAACCUUUGGAAUCCAUAGUACAUAUCUGUACAGUUAAUACGAUAGCCAGUGAAAUUCUAGUUAUGUUCAGUCCCAUUCCUGUCCAGCAUGGGAUAUUGUUCCUAAAGUGUACAUGUUACUCACAUGUAAUGGAAGCGGCCAUAUUGGCCGAAUAUUCGUAUUGAACAGUAUGUGAGGACCAGGUGAUAUCACUGAAGCUGUAAGACUUGUUCACACGGAGCGCUGCAUUACGGUAAAAAAUUUGAUGCAUUCAAAUGCAAGUCUUUGGAAUUGCAUUUUCCCCAAUUUAAUGUUAUAUUAUUAAAAAUGAGGCAAAUACGGUAAUUAAGAAUUUGAAGCUUCAGGUUUGCCAUCUACCCUGAUGGUGAUAUGAUACAGGUUGGACUUAAAAGGGUACUCCGGUGGAAAACUUUUUUUUUUCUAUUUCAACUGGUGCCAGAAAGUUAAACAGACUUGUAAAUUACUUCUAUUAAAA